UAACAAUUCUAAUCGCCGGUGCUUGAUGUAUUUUUAUUGUUUGUGGAUAUUUGCGUUUCCUCAAGAUUAUAAACAUGCCACUAACAAUGAAUCCUAAAGGAGAUAUCCCAAUAGACCUAGAUCAGGUCAGAAAAGAUAUAUUACACGGAAUACGUGAAUGCUCAGCUCGGGGUCUGUCUCAGACUACUAAAUGGCUCGCAGAACUAAAUUUUGCAUUAAAAGAUCAUAAAGUUACUAUAGAAGAACCACCCGGGGGUUAUGAUGAUGGAAUCAUAGCGGAGGAGAAGGAAUCUUAUUUAUUAGCGAAAAGUUAUUUUGAUUGUCAAGAGUACGACAGGGCGGCGCACUUCUUAGAGAACUGCACGUCUCAGAAGUGCGUGUUCCUGCACCGGUACGCGCAGUAUAUGUCCAGUGAGAAGAAGCGCCUGGAUAACGCGACGGACACAGGUGCUGAGAACACUGAAUCCACACAGGUGUUGCUGGAUCUGCUGUCUUUUUUUAAGGCAAACCGCAACAACCUAGAUGGAUACUUACUGUACUUACAAGGAGUAGUAUUAAAGAAGCUAGACCUGCGGAGCCAGGCAGUCACAGCACUGCAGGCCGCAGUCUCUGCAGUCCCGAUCCUCUGGUGUGCCUGGGUUGAGCUAGCAGGCCUAGCCAAUGAAUAUGAUGCACUGGACUCCUUACAGUUACCGAAGCAUUGGAUGAUGUAUUUCUUUGCCGCACAUGCCUUUGUGGACCUGAAGCUGUCAGAGCAAGCACUCGAAGGGUACAUGGUGCUGGCUGCUGCGGGGUUUGAUAAGAGUACUUAUGUUAUAGCACAGAUGGCUAUUGCACAUCAUGAUAGAAGAGAUGUGGAUUCAUCCCUAGCCCUAUUCCGAGAGCUAUGCCAAAGUGAUCCGUACCGUCUGGACAACUGGGAUGUGUACUCUCACCUUUUGUACCUGAAAGAGAGGCGCAUGGAGCUGGCGCACCUCGCACAGCGCGCCGUCUCCAUCGACAAGUACAGAGUGGAGACCUGCUGCGUAAUCGGAAACUACUACAGUUUGCGGAGCGAACACCAAAAGGCCGUAAUAUACUUCCAGAGAGCGUUAUCACUGGACCCCCAAUACCUGUCCGCGUGGAUACUCAUGGGUCACGAGUUCAUAGAGCUGCAGAACUCUAAUGCAGCUAUCCAGUGCUAUAGGCAGGCCAUUGAUGUGGAUCGCAAUGAUUAUCGCGCUUGGAACGGUCUCGGCCAGGCUUACGAAAUACUCGGCCUGAAUGGCUACUGCAUCUAUUACUACUCAAGGGCGGCGCAAUUAAAACCGGACGAUUCGAGAAUGCUGGUCUCUCUCGGGGAGGCGUAUGAGAAGAUGGACAAGAUACCUAAUGCUUUGAAAUGUUAUUAUAAAGCUCAUAGUACGGGCGAUAUUGAAGGGAUGGCGCUAUUUAAAUUAGCUAAACUGUACGAGAAGUCGAACAUGCCGAACAGCGCGGCGGCGGCGUACACGGCGGCGUGCCAGGACGCGGCCAACGCGGGCAGCAAGGACCUGCCGCCCGCCAUGCGCUACCUCGCGCACUACUACCUGCGCUUCUCGCUGCUCGACCACGCCGCGCACUACGCCUACAAGUGCUUGGAGCACGAUACUACUAAAGAAGCUGGUAAAAACUUAUUAAAAACAAUAUCAGAAAAAAGGCUGGCAGCGUCAUCGUCGCAGCCACACUGCUCGCACGAGGAGCUGCCCGAGGCCAUCAAGAACGCGUCCACCGUCUCCGUGCCCGCGGCCGACAAGACGCCGCUGCCCAGCCCCAACGUCACCCCAGACAACUUCUCCACGCCCAUGUUCACCCGCCGGAACACCAAAUAUAAAAUGUGACCGACAAUCAUCGUCGUAGCUACCCGAA